AAGAAAAGAAAAUUAAUACAAAGAUUAUAAAGUGAUGAAUAGAAAUGCAUGAGAAAUUAAAUAGAAAGAAUUAAGAGUUAAAAAGUAAAAGGGUUUGUCUUUAUAUCCAAAGGUGUCCAUGUGAUGUUCCCAUAUUCUUAAACACUCACUUAGCUGACUUGUUUCUACUUCAACAGACCAUUAUCUUUUUUAUUAAUCACACCGUCCAAACACAAUUACAUAACAAAAACCAUAUUUUUAAUUUUGCAUCACACCAAGUAAAAGAAAAAAAGAAGCAUCUCCUUCCCUUUAUAUAUCACAAAUUCCAUGCACACUUCUUCACACAUACCUAGCUCACUGUACCCAGCUCAAAUCUCCUUCUUCUUCUUCUUCUUCUCCUCUAUACCAAGAAUAAUUAGUUAAAAAUGGUAUCUCUAGAAGCUGUUCAAGCAACCUCUAGAUCCAUUGACCAACCUUCAAGUCCAAGAAUUUCUUUCUCUGCUGAAUUUCUUGAUGAAAACAAUUUCAUUUCUAUUAAUCCAAACGCACGAGCUGAGAGAGACCAAGAAAUGGAAAGAGAAAAGGCAAGAAAUUAUGCUGCAGAUUUUGAAUUCCUUUCAGGCAACAGCACCAUGAGUAGCCACGCCACUAUGUUAACUGCAGAUGAGCUUUUCUUUGAAGGGAAGUUACUUCCCUUUUGGCAAAUGCAGCAGUCUGAGAAACUCCAUAAAAUCAAUCUUAAAUGCAAAGAAACUGAGGAAGGAGAAGAAGAAGAAGUGGAAGUGAACAACAAAGAAGAACCUAGGGUUAGUUGGUUUGUUGAUGAUGACCCAUCUCCAAGACCUCCAAAAUGCACUGUUUUGUGGAAAGAGUUACUUAGGUUAAAGAAGCAACGUGCUUCUUCUCUUUCACCAUCAUCAUCUUCUUCCUCAACAUCGUCUUCUUCAAGCUCAUUGGCUGAUAUAGUUACGGCAGAAGAAGGAAAAGAAGGUUGUGGAAACAAAGAGAAGCAUGCGGGGAAAAGGAUGAAGAAAGGAUUGGAGAGAACAAGAUCAGCUACUAUCAGGAUAAGGCCAAUGAUAAACGUACCCAUUUGCACACAGGUGAAGAGCAGUGCUUUGCCACCUUUAUUUCCACUUAAGAAAGGCAGAUUAGAAAGAAGCAGUAGGUGAGGGGUCAAGGCACAUGCUGGAGGCAGAGCCUGAGAAUUAGGACGGUCCACAUGGGAAAAAUCAGGCAGGGGAAUCUGUUUAAAUGGUCCUAAAUUGAAACCAAACGCAUGUUUAUCAGAUUGCAGUAUCAUGAGGUGUACUUAGUGACUGUACAUUAUUGAAUAUCUAUGAAAUAUUAUUGCUUCUUACUUUCACCA